GACAAAGAGGAUUGUGAAAUUAGCCACACUGUUUACAAAAUUUAAUGGCCACAUAUAAAGUGCAUUAAAGUCUCUGCAUAAUUCAUUGUUUUGCUUAAUUUUAUAACACUAGUAAUAAUACCACCACAAAUAUACUACGAAUACUUGAUAUAUAUCACCCAGUUCUACUGUGUACUUCUAGUCAUUUAUUCAAAAAGCGCUGCUUUCCAGAAGACUCUGAAGUCUCUUUUUCAAUCUGGGUCAAAGAGUCAUCAUAUGCAGAUCAUUGAGGCCUUUUCAUCUGCAUUUGCAAAGUUAAAAAAUCCCCUGGCAUACUCUUAAUUUCCUUCAUCCAUUUAUUUAUUUAUUUGAUAUGUUCAUAUUAGCAUCCUCAGAAGUGGUGUGAAGAAAAGCGGCACUGGAAGAGAGAAAACUUUCUUCUUUAACCCCCAAACCGCUCCUCUAUUCCCCUGUCUUGCUUAAUGACAUUUUGAGGAGCGUGGUCUGACUAAGGAUGGUUUUGUGGGUGGGGGGAGGCUGGAGGAGUGACGACAGGAGCAGACUCACUGCAGCAGAACAGGCCACAUGUGCUUAGAAAGAGAAUGGGAGAGUUUGCCUUUGAAAGCUUAAGCAGUUAACUAGAGUCUUUGUGUAAAAUAACAUUUCUAUUGAAAGGCAAUUACUGGUGACAUUAUUUUGGUUGCUGCAUAAUUAAAUUCAUUUUUGUUCUCUCUCUCUUUCUUUUUCUUUCUCUCUCUCUUUAAUUCUGUCUCUUUCCCCCAGACGGAGAAUUAUUCCAUUGACUCCAGUUAUGUAAACAGCAGAGCACACCUAAUUAAAAGCACAUCAACAUUCAAGGACAUGGAAGGAAACAGUCUGAAGGACAGUGGCCAUGAGGAGAGUGACCAAACCGACAGUGAACAUGACGUUCAGAGAGGGCACUAUGCUGACACAGCCGUCAAUGACGUACUGAAUAUGACCGUACCCCCCAACAACUCACAGCUACCUGACCAAGAUCAGUCAGAGGGUUUCCACUGCCAAGAUGAAUGUCGUAUCCUGGGCCACUCUGACCGCUGCUGGAUGCCCCGGGUGCCGAUGCCAGCAAGAGCAAAGUCUCCUGAACACGGCCGCAACGUCAUCGCUCUGUCUAUUGAGGCCACCACUGUGGACGUACCUCACUAUGAGGACUCUGGCACCAUCAAAAGGACUUUUGCCACCUUUGGCAAAGAUGGGCCAGAUGAGGAGCGGGCCGAACAGAGGGGCAGGCGGCAAACGGCGGAGCCGGCCGUCUGCAGCCCCAAGACCAACGGCACCGUGCGCGAAGCCGGAAACGGCAGGGAGGCCAUCAGCCCCAUCACCUCCCCAGUGCACCUGAAGAGCCCCCAGUCCAAACCACCCUCCACCUACAAUACGCUGAAAUGCCGGGACGCAGAGCGCAUAGCCAACCACAGCCUGCUGCGGCAGCCAGAGGGGAAGGACAGUGAACCGACCAUGCCAUACAUCAAAACAACACUCCACUACAGCACUGACAAGAAAACCACCCCCAUCAAACCAAUCAACUAA